AGUGAUGGGAGUACAUGAUAGAGGUUACCCGGGAGGAGGGUGUCUGUGAAGAGAUAUAGAUGGACCUGUGUGAUUUGUCACUAUGGGGGGUGUAGAGGGAGAGGACAGGUGAGGCGCUGACAUUGUCACAGCUCUCUGCUUAUCUGAUGUUCCCAUGUAUGAGGAGGUGUCAUGGACAGGUGGUGACAACACAGAAGCCUGUACAUGAGUGCUCUCAGGGGUUUGGAGCGAUGGAGCCCAGCGAGAAGAGCCAGGAUGGUCUUAGGCCGUGUCUGGGACUCUCCACUCGCCAAGCUUUGUCAAAUCUGCGGGAGCAGCUGUUAUCUACACUGAGUUCCCACCAGAAAAAUAGAACAGCUUAUUGGAAGGACUGGAGAUUAAGCUUUUUGUAUCAUGGAAACCGAUCUUCUUGCUUCCAUUGGCCAGGAGCUUUGCUAAUGCUGAUUGCAACAUUGCUGCUUCUCUGCUGUUAUGGUAGCCAACCAGAUGGAAGCCAGGGAUCAGAAGUGGGAAAUGCAUGCGCCCUAUUUCUAUUACUUGUGCUGGAUCUCUUCUUGAUGAGACGACAAGAACAGCUCAGACAGCAAGAGGUGGACGUCAGAGUACAGAGGAUCAUCGCACAGAUUGAUGAGGCUCUGAACAGCGGGUAUGAAUUGGUGUGGGCAGACAGCAUGUACCCUGACUUAUACAUGCCAUCAGCACCCUCCUGGUCCCUUCAUUGGGUUUAUAGAGAUGGGCGGCUUGUUAACCUUCCAGUAAGCCUCCUGGUGGAUGGAGAUGUCAUUGCUUUAAGGCCCGGACAGGAGUCGUUUGCAUCACUCAGGGGAAUGAAGGAUGAUGAGCACAUAGUUCUAGAACCAGGAGAUCUGUUCCCUCCUUUCUCACCACCACCAUCACCUCACGCAGAAGGCAAGAAGGUACCACAAGAACCACAACAGCAUCAUCUGUUUCGUGUCAUGAAAACUCCCGUGCUUGAGAAUGUCAGGAACUGGCUGGACCAGGCCCUUGCACGUCCUGUAACUGUAAUGGAUAAUGAGAGGUUCACCGUCCAGUCGGUAAUGUUAAUGUAUGCUGUCCCAGCCAUCAUGGUUGCCUUCCUGUUCACUAAUACCCUUCGAGUCAUCUUCCAUACUCCUGGCAUUCCCCCUGCUACUUAUGCUUUGGUGCAACUACAGGUGAAUGCAGUGUUACCAGUUCUUCCUCUCCUUUUCCCUGUUAUGUGGAUUCUAGUUACUGCUCUGUGUGAAGCUCGUGUAUUAGCCCAAAUGGGCAGACCCUGCCCUACCUCUCUGGUGGCUAAAUUUUCAGAGGAUACUUUAAGCAGCUAUACUGAAGUUGCCUCUAGUCAGGAAAUGUUGCGCUCUGUGUAUACGCACUUCCUGCGUGUUGUAAGGGGGAAAUGUGAGACGCUGUCAUAUACGUCUGGUUUGCUGCAUGGCCUGGGAUCUGUCACAGUCAUCUGCUGUGUCGAUAAACAAGGUGUUCUGUCCUGGCCCAAUCCCAGCCCAGAGACAGUCCUCUUUUUUAGUGGUAGAAUGGAUCAGGCCACUGAAAGACACGAGGAUGUCACUGACCAGUUAUCUUUACAUACCUACUGUCAGACAGAGAUGGAAGACGAGGUGCUGAAAACAUUUCUUUGCCUUGCAGAUGUUAUUUUUUUAAUGAUUUUAGUUGCACUAAACCCUGUGUCACCUUGUUUGUCUUCCCAGCCACAGGAAAUGGUAGCUUUGCUGGCAGACACAGAUGUACUACAAAUGGUGAAUGAACAGGAAAGCGCUGAGCGUUCAAAUGAUCUUUCCAGACCUACGGAUGCACAGAAAAAGCCUCAGAGCCGAAACAAACAUGCCUCAGGUUCAAAUGUAAGCUUCAGCCAAGAUACUGCAGGCCAGCUAAGCAGCGAGGUGGAUGAUUAUGUUUGUGACUGCCAUCUAGAGAUGCUUCGGUUGUCGCAGGACCAGCAGAACCCUCAAAGCAUCCAGUUUGAUGAGGCUAACUGGCAACUUCACCUGAGCUCUUUGAAACCUCUGGGUCUUAACGUGCUGCUCAACCUCUGUAACCCGGAUGUGACCACCACCCUUUGCCGCUUCUCUGACCAUUUAAGGCACAUUGCCCUUCAAGAAUCCCACUGCUGUGUUCUUCCAGGGCAUAUCCCAUGGGGACUCUGUGACUUUUCUAGGCUCAUCGGUUUCACGCCUGGAGCAAAGGACCUGUUUAAACUGCAAAACCAUCUUGCUCUUUAUCACCUUCCAAGUGAUGAAUCUGUGAAGGAGUCCCUUCUCUGCAAGCUUCCAGCGGUUGCCAAACGAAGACCUUCCCUGAGCCACAUGGUCAGCCUAUUUGUCAAAGAUGUCACAUCCAACACAGAGCAGAUGCUGUCCCAUGGAACAGCAGAUAUUAUCCUUGAAGCCUGUACUGAUUUCUGGGAUGGAGCUGAUAUUUACCCCCUCUCUGGGUCUGACAGGAAAAAGGUACUUGAUUUCUACCAGCGAGCCUGUUUGUCUGGAUACUGCUCUGCUUUUUCCUACAAGCCCAUGCACUAUUCACUGUCCCCUCAACUACAUGGAAAGUGCAUAGAGAUGCACCAUGCUCCUGGUCACAGCACCAUUCCAGUAUCGUGUGAUUUAGGUGGAACUGUGCCAUUGAAACCUUCUGGACGGCAUGACAGCUGGAGUUCUGAUGAAGGCAUUGGAGAGUAUACAGAGGAUUUCACCCAGGCACUUGGUGGACAGAUCUUCAUGGGGAUGGUCUCCUCACAGUACCAGGCUCGUCUGGAUAUUGUGCGUCUUAUAGAUGGUUUAGUGAAUGCCUGUAUCCGAUUUGUGUACUUUUCCAUGGAAGAUGAGCUUAGAAGUAAGGUGUUUUCAGAGAAGAUGGGCCUAGAAACUGGAUGGAACUGUCACAUCUCUCUAACUCCCAAUGGUGAUGGGCCAGGAUCUCUGGUACCACCAUCCAGCCCUAGUAAUGCUGGAUCUCUGCGAGAUGACCUACAGCAAGGUUCUCGAGAAGAUGCAGAGGGCUUAUUACUGAUGGAUGAUGAAGGUCAUUCAGAUAUGAUAAGUUUUCACCCUACAGAUAGUGAUGUUCCUAGUUUUCUAGAGGAUUCGAAUCGCGCAAAACUUCCUCGUGGUAUCCAUCAAGUAAGACCUCAUCUGCAGAACAUUGAUAAUGUUCCCUUGUUGGUACCGCUGUUUACAGACUGUACACCAGAAACUAUGUGCGAUAUGAUCCAGAUCAUGCAGGAGUAUGGGGAGGUGACCUGCUGUAUGGGAAGUUCUGCCAACGUCAGAAACAGUGGCUUAUUCUUACAGAGUGAUAUCAGCAUUUCCCUGGACCCGCUGUUCCCCUCUCGCUGUUCAUGGGAGACGUUUGGGUACGUGAGUGGCCCUCUGAGGACGAACAAUUCAGAGGAUCUGUCUCCACUGCAUCUCUCUUCAGCACUAACCAGCUUGGCCUGCUCCAUGUCCUUCAGAAAGGAGGACAGCGUCAGCAUCAUCCGCCUUAUUGAACAGGCUCGUCACGCUACAUAUGGUAUAAGAAAAUGCUUCCUAUUUCUAUUACAAUGUCAGUUAACCCUUGUCAUGGUUCAGUUCCUGGCCUGCCUGCUCCAGCUACCUCCUGUACUCAGCACAACAGAUAUUUUAUGGUUGUCUUGCUUCUGUUACCCAUUACUGAGUGUCUCACUGAUUGGGAAGCCAGCUGACAUCUCCAUAAUGUCUGUAGCAACUGGGAAAAAUCUGCGUUCCAUACCUAAAAAGACUCGGCAAUAUUUCCUGGUAUGUUUCCUCCUCAAGUUCCUCCCUUCCUUCUCCUGUUGUCUGGCCUGCUUCUGGUUCUCGCUACAGAGUUUUUGUGAGAUUUCUUCCCACAAUAAUGCCACCAACUGCUCUGGGAUUCCAGUUUUCAGUGAUGCUCCGGGUGCCCCGGACUGGUUUGGAUCCUUUUCUGGGGCAUUGCUUGUAGCACAGAAGUUUUGUGCCUGUCUCAUUGUUCUACACAUAGUAUUUAUCUCUGUCAGUCAUGUCCAUCGUUCUAAAUCUCUAUGGAAGAGGAACCCCUUCAGCAAUAUAUGGUGGAGCUUGACUCUCCCUGUCUUGUUUAUCGCACAAGGACUACAGACAGCCCUAGAUCUACAGAUGUGGACAAAUGCGGAUUCUCCUCUAAAGUUCAGCCUUUGGGACAUUCCCCUACUGUCAUGGCUGUCAGGGUCCCUUUCGCUUCUUGUCGUUCUAAUUAUCAAUGAAAUAGUCAAACUGCAUGAGAUAAGGGCUCGUGUCCGUUAUCAGAAGAGACAAAAGCUGCAAUUUGAAACCAAGCUUGGCAUGAAUUCUCCAUUCUGAUUACACUGUUUAGCACUAUGCGCUGUGGUGUUCAUGGUUCCCACAGCGUCUGAUGAGGGGGAGGCAGACAGGGCUGGUAUAGUAUGACCUCACUGUUGGAAAGAUGCUGCUGACAUAGCUAUUUAUAUCUCACCAAAACCAGCUGUCACCACCAGUGCCUCCUCCCCCACCACCAGUGCCUCCACAGUAUCACUGCCUGUUUACAUAUACUUAGCAGUUGGAGAAUGCUGAACGGUACACCUUAUCCUGGUUUUCUCCCUUCUGCACUGAUGGAUUAAUGGGGGGCUUCAAGUCUCUAUCAUUGUUCCUUCCUGCCACAUGCAUGGUUGACCCUGCUGGCGCAAAGUUCUGUUUUUCUAUAGUUGUCCUGCAGGCCUUGGUGCCACGUGCAUGGCUUAACUAGCAUGGAAAUCUGUAAUGUCUUUUGAACCACUGGACUGUGCUGUAUGCUGCAUUUGUGCACAGAGUUAAUUGGUAGUAGUUUUUUUUUUAUGGAUGUAUAUUUUCUUAAAAAAAAAAAAAAAAAAUA